AUGAAAUACAUUUUACAAUGGACGAAAAAAUUUAGUGCGCCAUUCGACUGGAUGGGCGAAGGGAAUUCUGCAUUCAUUAAAUACCAAUGCAAACAUACAAAUUGCUACGUAACAGAUGACAGGAAUUACUUCCUAGAUCUGAAGGAAUUCGACGCGAUCGCGUUUAACGGUAGAGACGUGAUAAAUCUCUGGCCCUUCCAGAUGCCAUCGCAUCGAUCUACCGAGCAGAAGUACAUCUUUGGCGCCAUGGAGUCUGCCGAUAAUUUUCCAGCCUGCGACGAAAACCUCGACGGAUUCUUCAAUUGGACAUGGACGUACAAACUAGACUCCAAUUUCAAAUGGGGUUACUUCACGAUAUACAAUCGGGACGGGCUAAUUGUGGGACCAAAGAUUAAUAUGGUUUGGCCAGAAAUGAGAGAAAUAGAUGAUGGUCUUAAAAAUAAGUUACGGAAGAAGACGAAAGUUGUUGCGUGGUUUGUGUCGAAUUGUUCGACGAAGAGCAGACGUGAGCAGUAUGUAACUGAAUUAAGUAAUGAAUUAAAAAAAUAUGGAUGGUCCGUGGAUGUCUAUGGAGGCUGCGGCAGCUUGAGUUGCCCACGAAGUAGCGAGAGAUCUUGCUUCAAAAUGAUCGAGGACAAUUACCACUUUUAUUUGUCUUUUGAGAAUUCGUUUUCUGAAGAUUACGUAACGGAAAAACUGUUGACGGCGCUAAAUAACUACGCUGUGCCUAUAGUUUAUGGUGCCGCUGAUUAUACAAGAUUCCUGCCAGAGGGUAGCUACCUAAACGCAAGAACGCUAGGGCCUGUACACCUCGCUAAAGAAAUGAGCAAUAUUAUGGCGAACAAGACUAAAUAUUUCGACUUCUUUCGGUGGAGAAAUCACUUUGUCUAUAAAGAAACCGACGGACCAGACGUGUGUAACCUCUGCGAUAUUCUAAAUAAUGAGGAAAAACUCAGGGAAACAACUGUGUGGAAAAACUUUAGGACCUGGUGGAACGAUGCGAAAUAUAAGGAAAACUGUUUUUGA